AUGUCGGAAUUUCAAAAAAAAGAUUUAUGUCCACGUUUAAUUGAUUAUCUAGCAAUUGUCGGAGUGAGAAGCGGACCACACGUUCGAGGUUCCGGUCCUGUUCAACCACCGGAAUUAUUAAGACGAUAUCCACCGGAAGAUCAUCAGGAUUUUCCAUUUCCCAUUGAUAUGGUUUAUUUUUGUCAACCCGAAGGUUGUUUAUCUGUAGGACCGAGACGUACAGAAAGAAGAGAUCCGACAUCUUUUGUUUUUGCAUUGACCGAAAAAGAUUCGGGAAAAUGUAGGUACGGAAUAUGUGUGAAUUUUUAUAGGGCUAUUGAAAAAACACAAACGAAUGGAAAUAAUAAACGUGAUAGAAGAUCGUCAACGUUUCGAAGAGAAUCAUGGAGAAAAAGUAUGGAAAAAAGUUCGGAUUCGGCUUUUUCCAGCAAUAUUGGUCCAAGCGAUUCGGAAAGAGAUUGUCCAAGUCGUAGAGAUUCAGAAUCAUCAGAAAGAAGAAAAGAAAAAUGUCAAGUUGGUGAUUUUCAACCUCGUUUAGGUGUCAUACCAACAACGGGUAACGAUUCUGAAUCUGGUGGUAGUCAUAGUCCGAGUCCAAGAGCAACAAGAAAAAGACAGAGAGUUAGAAAUCAUUCUUUAACUUCUUUAUGUCUACUAAGUCAUCAUCCAUUUUUUUCGACGUUUCGUGAAAUUUUAUUCAUAUUAAAAAAAUUAAUAGAUGGUUGUAAUGAGAAUACGAGUCCUAAAAGAGUUGGUGCUUCGAAACAAUUCACGAGAGAUACAGUUUGGUCGGUAUUGACGGGAAAAGUAUUUGAAGGAAUACCAUCAAUCGUACUUCACGACGUACGAGAAAUCGAAACGUGGAUAUUACGCUUGCUCAGCGCACCGGUUCCAGUUCCAGGACGAACAAAAGUCGAAAUGGAAAUAUUAGAAUCAACCAUAUUGCCCCCAUUUGUAUUUGCCUUACCGGAUCAUACGCGUUUUUCACUCGUAGAUUUUCCUCUUCAUUUGCCUUUAGAACUUUUAGGUGUAGAUACGUGUUUGAAAGUUUUAACUCUUAUCCUUUUGGAGAAUAAGGUUUUACUCCAAAGUCGUGAUUAUAAUGCUCUUUCAAUGAGCGUAAUGGCCUUCGUUACUAUGAUAUAUCCCUUAGAGUACAUGUUCCCUGUUAUUCCCUUAUUACCGACUUGUAUGAGUUGCGCUGAACAAUUGCUUCUGGCUCCCACUCCUUUUGUUAUCGGUGUUCCAGCAAGCUUUUUACUUUAUAAAAAAAAUUUUAAGUUACCCGACGACAUUUGGCUCGUAGAUUUAGAUAGUAAUAAAAUUAUAUCGUCAGCAAAUUUAGAAGAUUUACCCCCGUUACCGGAGCCCGAGGGUGCCAUAUUGAAAAAUCAUUUGAAACAACAGCACCAGGUUCAAGUACAACAAAUUCAACACCAAUACCAACAGCAGCAAUCUCAGCCUUAUUACGUGCAACAGCAGCAGCAGCAGCAAUACCAGCAACCGCAAUCGUUUUCAAUGACAAUGCAACAGCCUUCGAAUUCGUUCAUUUACGGAAGUGAUAUCGAUUCCGUAGAUAUUGCAACUAGAGUGGCCAUUGUAAAAUUUUUCAACUCUCAAAAUUUAUUAGCUAAUUUUACGGAACAUACUAGAACGUUGAGAUUAUAUCCCAGACCGGUAGUUGCCUUUCAAAUAAAUAGUUUUCUUAGAAGUAGACCGAGAGCUAGUCAUUUUUUAAAUCGUUUUGCAAGAACUCAAGCCGUUGAAUUUUUAGCCGAAUGGUCUCUCACCCCGACAAAUGUUGCUUUCUUUAGAGUUCACACGGGUUUAUACGAUCCGAAAGAAAUCGGUGAUAAAGCUAAAUGGUUUGCUGAUAGUUUGGAUCCGAUUCGGUUUAUCGUAUGGGACGAAUGCAGCACAUUAAAUUCAGCUUUACAAAUCAUUAAUCAGCAAGAACAACCCACGGAUGAAAGUGGAUCUGAUUCAGACGGAGAUGAGAGUACAAGUUCCAGUUAUUCUUCACUAAGCGAUUUCGUUUCGGAAAUGGUAUCAUCAGAUCUUUCGCCGAGUGUUCCUCAUCAUUUAAAUUCAACAGUGCCAAUGUCACUUUCAUCAAAUCUCGAUCCGAAAAAUAUAUACAAUCCACCGACUAAUUUAAAUUACGGUCUUUCAUCUGGACCACCGGACUCGAAAUCUCCACAAAGCAGUCAAUCUUCCAGUCACAGCGAUCUGAGCUCACCGACAUUCAAUCGCGAUCCCGAUUUUGAUUUUUCUAAUCCUGACAAUUAUGUUAAAACCAAUGCUCUUGGUAAGGAAGAACCCACGAGUACCGAAAACGAAACGGAUUCAAAUUCUACAAAUACAACUCCCAAAACUAUGAUAAGUAAUGAGAGUAGCAUAAAACAAGCGAGUCCGACGCCAUCUUUAAGUAGUGAAGUGUCAAGUGGUCCUCUUGAAAGACCGACCAGACUCACGAGAUCCGUCACUCCAAUGAUUCCUUCGAGUCCUCUUCAAAGGCAACCGAGUGUUGGAAACGUAUUGGCUCGAACAUCCAGUUUCGGAAGUAAUAAUUACGAUUUAAAUCGCUCAAGUUCUGGAAGUUCCAUCGUUCAACGUCAAAGCUCCAGUAGUUCGACGGGAAACAAACAAGGAUCUCCCAGUUCAAUUUUCGAACAAUUUACAAAUCAAGCAAAGGAAUUAGUUCGAGAAACCAAACGUCAAAGCAGUCAAGAUGGUAUACUCGCUCAAAUGGACAAAUUCAAAGGUCAAGCCAAAGAAAAACUAUCGAUCGAUGAAGGAAAUGCAAUAUUAGCACCCCUAGAUAAAUUGACCAUGCAAGCAAAAAAAGCUGCAGAAGAAGCAUCAAAAUCAGCUUUGGAGGCUUCGAAAGCAGCAACGGCCGUUUCUAAAAAUACUUUUGAAGAUUUAACUUACGUUUCCAAAACUACAUUUGGUGAUUUGACUAAAAGCGCUAAAGAAGCCGUCGCUAAAAAAGGAUUGAUAAAGAGGUUGAGUGAUUCAAAAGAAGAUGCAGAUUCGCCAAGUACUUCGUUGGUUCAACACAGUUUUCUCGGUUCAGGUUCGAGAGAUUUUUUUUCCAACAUCGGUUCCGACCUCAACGGCAUCGCUGAUAAAACGACAAAUAUGUUCACUGGAUUAUUCGAUCGUCACCUCCUCCUCCAUCUACUCCACAACGUCAGCAAUAUCAACAGGGAGCAAACACAACAACAACAACAACAACAAUCACAAAAUAAAUUUCAACAAGCUUUCGGUCCUUUUCCUCAGGGUCGAAAAGGUUUGGUUGAAAGAAGUUCUCUCAUACGACACGCUAGUCAAAAACCUCAAAGGUUUAGCCCAGAUUUACUCAGAUCUCAGAAUAACGAAAAAAAUAUUGUUAAUUUGGAAAAUCAGUCGUUUUUAAAAGAUGUCGUUAAUCAAGUUUUAGAAGGCGAAGGAGUCGGUUGGUUAAAAUUUAACAGAUUAAAAAAAUUACUCGAAGAUGAAAACUAUAGAAAUUUCGUCGUUUCGAGACUAAAUAAAACAUUGGACAAAAAAAUCGGACCCGAUAAUCACAUUGACGACGUGUGCGUAUCGAAGAGAGUUUAUAAAGGAAUGUUAAAAACUCUUCAAGCUUUAAUUUACGGGUUGGAAAAAAGUUAUGAAAAUUUCGGUCCCGGAGGAAUGGCUUCCGUUUUUCAAAUACUUGAAAUUGCUCACACACAUUAUUGGACCAAAGAUUUAAAUGAAGCCACUCCGAUGGAUUUAUCAAGUUCCUCUUUGCUUUCACAAUCGUCUUCACCUUUCGGUAGUAGGGAAAAUUUAAAAAGUCCUUCGUCACCGAUCAGCGGUGAAGUAUCACGAAAAGCUUCGCAACAAGGAUUGCUGGAUGUAAAUAUGCCGCAAUUAAAGUUUGAAAAUAGUUUGGGUGAAGAAGUGACGUCAACGACGGACAUGCUAAGAGAUUUAUUAAAUCAAAAGCGUAAAAUGCUUUUACCCAAAUUAACAUCGGUCGAAAGUGAGGUGACGGUCGAUCAGUUAGGUUCAAACGAAGGGUAUUCGUCUUGUGCUUCAGAAGCCGGUAGCAUUUUUACUAACCCAGCAUUUAGUCGACAUCGAGCGUCUUUUCGAAGCACCGUUUCUGAUUCCGAAGUCGAUGGCGGAAAUUUUAUCAAACCGCAAAAACAAAGGAAUUCAUCCGUUUGGAGCAGUAAAUCAAGCAUAAGUGCAGGUUUCAGGUAUCACGGUGGUAGCAUAAUAAACACAUCGGGAAGUCCAUCGCCGGACGGUGGUAGAACGUAUUUAUUCGAAGGAUUGAUCGGAAAGGAGAGAUCAAAUUUAUGGGAUCAAAUGCAAUUUUGGGAAGAUGCUUUCUUAGAUGCCGUUUCAUUAGAAAGAGAUAUCGUGGGAAUGGAUCAAGGUCCAAGAGAAAUGAUGGAAAGGUAUAAUUCUCUGAGCGAAACGGAAAGGAAAAGGUUGGAACACGAAGAAGAUCGUUUACUCUCGACAAUGUUGUACAAUCUCGUAGCCAUGAUGGUCAUGAUGAACGUAAAUAAAUUGGAAUGCAAGAGAAAAUGUCGAAGGUUGUUGGGUAAAAGUCACAUAGGUUUGGUGUACAGUCAAGAAGUUAACGAAUUACUCGAUCAAAUCGGUAAUUUGCACGGAAACGACAUCGAUUUGAAACCGUUGGGAUCGAGACAGUUAAACCGUCAAAGUUUUACAGUUCAUCAGGGUGUCGAUUCGACGGGAGAUUUAUUAUUUCUCGAAGUUCGGGAAGAUGGUUUGGUAUUGAGAUCGAUGAACGGUACCAUAGUUGAACGUUGGUGGUACGAACGUCUCGUUAACAUGACGUAUUCUCCGAGAAACAAAGUUUUGUGUUUGUGGAGACGAAACGGAGGACAAACUCAACUUCGAAAAUACUACACGAAAAAAUGUAAAAAUUUAUAUUACUGCAUAAAAAGCGCUCUGGAGAAAGCAUGCGCGAGAGGAGGUUUAGGACCGCCCGGUGAACUCGGCGGUGAAUUUCCAGUACAAGACAUGAAAACUGGAGAAGGAGGAUUGUUACAAGUUUGUAUGGAAGGAGUCGGUCUUCUUUUCGUCAACAGCAAGUUUUUCGUACGUUUGGAUCACAUAAGAAAAUGUUACACUCAAAAAGGUGGAAUGUUCGUGUUGGAAGAAUACAUACCGAAAACGAGACAAAUAAUCGAAAGAAGAUACAAAUCUCCGAUGGCGGAUCAAAUAUGUUACGCAGUUUUGUGCGUUUUUUCUUACGUCGCAGCCGGACAAGCGGAUUCGUCAAGAAAAAAUCAUCAACAAAGAUCCAGCGUUGAGGAUGUACAUAUGACGUCAUCACAACAACAACAACAGUAUUAUCACAAUAAUAAUAAUAAUAAUAAUACGACGAUGAGUUCUUCACCGAGAAAAAAUUAAUCGA